AUGGAAUCUUGUGGCUUAUGGGCAGAUAUAUCAGGAGCAAAAAAUAUUGUUGCCCAUCAUGCUCAAAGCUUAAUUUACAAUGUUAAUAAUAAUUCUGUAGAAGGGUUUAAUAGCGUUGUAGCAAAAUUUGUUGGUGGAAAAAGGGUGAAUUUUUCUUUACGAGAUAAAAGAUCAUACAGUGCAAGAUGUAAUGCUGCAGUUUCAUCAUUUAAUUUUGGUCCAAAAUAUUUAAAUAAUUUUCAUAAAAAAGUUACAAAUGUAAGUCCUGGAAUAUACACUAAAAAAUUUAUAAGCAAGAUUGAUAAAAACCAUCAUAGCAGAGUUGGUCGACAGAAAAAACAAAAAUGUAUUGCUGGACCAGAUGAAGAUUAUGGAGCUGUAGACAUUGGAAUAGGUAUAAUUGAUAUGUCACCCGAAGAAUUCGACGCCAAAAAAAUUGCAUUUUUAAAAAAAAUUGAUUUAUCUGUUGAUGAAAUAAUAAAAAUAGAAAGAAAUACCGUUGGACAACAAGAGAAUGACGAUUGGAAAAAAUUUAGAAAACAACGACUUACGGCAUCUAAUUUUGGAAAAGUUUGUAAAUUAAGACCCACCACUUCGCGAGCGAAUACCAUAAAAUAUAUUUUAUAUGAUAUUUUCCAAGGAAGUUCUUCAACUAGGUAUGGUAUUGAAAACGAAUCAAUAGCCCGAAAUGCGUUCCAAAAAACCAUAAAGGAGAAAAUCGAACCAGCGGGAUUGUUUAUUCAUAAGAAUAAACCCUAUCUCGCAGCAAGUCCUGACGGGUUAAUAGGUAAAGACUGUAUCUUGGAGAUAAAGUGUCCUCCGAGCAUAAAAGAAUAUACUCCAGAAGAGGCAGUACAUAAAAAAAAAAUAAAGUACAUGAUAACCGAUGGUGAAAAAAUUACUUUAAAAAAAACUGAUAAUUAUUAUUAUCAAGUUCAAGCACAACUCAACAUUACAGAAAGGAACUAUUGUUAUUUUGUUGUGUGGACUCCAAAAGGUUUUAUAGUGAACAAGAUAUCCAAAGAUGUCAAAUUUUGGACAUCAAAAAUUGAACCAUUUAUCACAACAUUUUACAUGGAAUCAUUACUGCCUGAAAUCAUUGACCCAAGAUUUGAUAGAGGACUACCAAUAAGGUCCGGUAUACCGACAAAUAAGCUCUAA